AUGGCGGGGCCAGGAUCCCCAAGCAACGAAGGGGGACCAACCUAUGCUCCCCCGCCUCUCCCCGCUGGCUGGAUCGCCCAGUGGGACGGCGCGAGCAGAAAGUACUAUUUCGUCCAGCUCUCGACGGGCGUGUCGCAAUGGGAGACGCCUACGGAGGCUGCUCCCACGGGAGCGACUCCCAACCCCCACGUCGAACAUCCUUAUGGCACGCCGCAGUCUGAGAUUAUUACCCAUCCUGAUGGGAGCCAGACCAGGAGGCAUGCUGACGGGACGAUGGAGCCUGUGUUGCCUUCGGAUGGGUCAAGGGGUAUUGGAGGCGGGAAUGGUGACCGUGGCCUUGGUAGCAUGGCCUUCCAGAUGUUAGCCGGAGGCAACAAGAAACAAAAGGACUCGAGUAGCCCCCUCGGACUCGCUGGCCAGCUUAUCGGCAGCGUUGCCGGCGGCGGUCAUGGUAGUAGCAGCGGCGGCGGCAGCGGUGGCAAGAAUUCCGUCCCCGGAAAGCUCGUGGGCGCGCUGGCUUCGAAUCUGUUCUCGUCCGGCAACAAACCCGCACAGCCGCAGAACUAUCACGGUGAUUCUUCGUCUCAUGGCAGUUCCCCCGCUCAUGGUGGUGGCGGUCUGAUUGGUGGCGUGGCCUCUUUCUUGGGCGGUGCUGGUGGGAAGCAUAACCAGUCGGGCCAAAACUACGGAUACUCUGGCGCGGGGACCGGCGGCACCUACUCUGGCCAGGCCCCCCCUACCUCCUAUCAGGCACCGGCCCCGGGCUCUGCUCCCCCUCCGAGCUCGCAUUCUCAACAUUCCCAGCACGGCACGAGCGGCUCCCACUCGCAGCAGUCUCAAUCGUAUCAUCCCCCUUCGUCGAACCAGCAAUCGCACGAUUACUACCCGCCAGGCGGCCAGGGACAUGGAUCCCAGGGACACGGGUCCUCGGGCCAGCAGCCUAGCUACGGACAGCCCCCUAACACUCAUUCCAGCUAUGCGCCGCCGUCGGGCCAGCAUAGUUACGGCGCGCCUCCCAGCCAGCCCAGCUACGGGGCUCCUCCCAGCCAACCUAGCUAUGGCGCUCCUCCUAGCCAACCCUCGUACGGAGCACCGCCGAGCCAACCGGGCUACGGUGCCCCGCCCAAUCAACCUUCCUACGGACACCAGGGCGGUGGUCACCAGCAGUACGGAGGUCACAGCAGUGGCCAGUCCUACCAGCCUCCGCCUCACCAUAGAGGCUCGAGCCAGCUCCCGCAGGGAUCGUAUGGUAGCAAUCCUCACUACUAA